GUUACAGUCGUGUCUGAACAGCUCUACACUUGCCAAAGGACGUGUAUUAGGAAACACACUUUCUCUCUAACUGCCCGACAGGAUUGAGAUGUUACAUUUUAGGUUUUCCACAGUGCUGAAGGAGUUGUUUGAAGCCACCCUCAAGCGUCCCUUGCCCGGCUGUAGACAGAAGACCUGGUUGCCGAUCCGCCACUGCUGCUUCGGCGCCGCCUCCGUUGAUGCCCGAUCCGUGUCUACUCAACUGAAGGUCCUCCAUGCCGCUGCUCACCGCCCGGCUCUCCGCACCGCGCCCUGCGCCACACCGGUCCGCUCGUACUGCGCGAAAACCGAAGGCGCAGUGGAGCUGGACGAACAGCUAAAGAAGGAUGGAGGCGGCAGCGAAGAAGCCAGCGACAAAAGAAGAAACGCAGGCAUCCUGCCAAGUCUGGAGGAUUUGCUCUUCUACACAGUUGCAGAAGGUCAAGAGAAGAUUCCUGCUCAUAAAUUUCUCACAGCACUUAAGGCCACAGGGCUUCGCACUGGAGACCCCCGGCUGAAGGAAUGUAUGGAAACCCUCAAAGAGACUCUAAAGAAAACAUCAGAUGGCGUAACAUUGGACAGGCACCUAUUCAAGAGGUGUGUCCAGAGCAACAUUGUCCUGCUCACUCAGGCCUUCCGCAAGAAGUUCGUCAUCCCAGACUUCCAGUCCUUCACCUCCCAUAUUGAUGAGCUGUAUGAGAAUGCCAAAAAUCUCUCUGGAGGACAGGUUGCAGACUACAUUCCUCAGCUUGCCAAAUUCAACCCUGACCUGUGGGCCGUCUCCCUGUGCACAGUCGACGGACAGAGACACACAGUAGGAGACACCAAGGUCCCCUUCUGUCUGCAGUCUUGUGUCAAGCCUCUGAAGUAUGCUGUCGCUGUGCACGACCACGGCACAGAGUACGUGCACAGUUUCAUUGGAAAGGAGCCCAGUGGCCUGCGCUUUAAUAAGCUCUUCCUGAACGAAGAUGUUUUGGCAGCGCCUUUCCCGGUGCACUGUGCUGAUUACAAUACAACGCCACUACAUCAGCAUGCCGCAGAUAAGCCCCACAACCCCAUGGUGAAUGCUGGCGCUAUUGUUUGUACUUCACUGAUAAAGCAAGGUGAAGGCAACGCAGAAAAAUUUGACUAUGUCAUGAACUUUCUGAAAAACAUGGCAGGAAACGAGUAUGUGGGUUUCAGCAACGCCACAUUCCAGUCAGAGCGUGAGUCAGGGGACAGGAACUUUGCCAUCGGCUACUACCUGAAAGAAAAAAAGUGUUUCCCAGAGGGGACAGACAUGACGUCUGUACUGGACUUCUACUUUCAACUUUGUUCCAUUGAGGUGACCUGUGAGAGCGCCAGCGUCAUGGCAGCCACCCUGGCUAACGGUGGGAUCUGCCCAAUCACGGGUGAGCGUGUGCUGAGCCCGGAGGCGGUGAGGAACACCCUGAGUCUGAUGCACUCCUGCGGCAUGUACGACUUCUCAGGACAGUUCGCCUUCCACGUCGGUCUGCCGGCCAAGUCUGGAGUAGCGGGCGGGAUCUUGCUGGUUGUACCCAACGUGAUGGGCAUCAUGUGCUGGUCACCUCCACUGGACAAGCUGGGCAACUCUGUCAGAGGAAUACAGUUCUGCACGGACCUCGUGGAACUUUUCAACUUCCACAACUACGACAACCUGAGACACUUUGCCAAGAAGCACGACCCUCGCAGAGAAGGAGGGGACCAGCGGGUCAAGUCUGUGAUCAACCUGCUGUUUGCUGCUUACACCGGAGACGUGUCUGCCCUGAGGAGGUUUGCACUGUCAUCCAUGGACAUGGAGCAGAGGGACUAUGACUCCAGAACAGCCCUCCAUGUGGCAGCAGCUGAAGGGCACACAGAGGUGGUCCGCUUCCUGCUGGAGGCUUGCAAGGUGAACCCAGUACCCAGAGACAGAUGGGCGAACACGCCGAUGGAUGAAGCGGUGCACUUCGGCCACCACGAUGUGGUCACCAUCCUGCAGCAGUACCAUGACAAAUACAGCCCCCCUGCCCGGGCCGAUGACAAGGAGAGCGCUGAGAAGAGCCUGGACAGCCUGCUGUAGACCUGCUGCACACAGCCACUGUAACCUUGUGCUUCUCUGGAAUAGCUCUGAAUAUCAGUGCUGACUUAGUUAUUUGCUUUUCUCUGUUGUCGUGUUUCAUCUGCUCCGGCUGUAUAUCACUGCUCUGCGUCAUAAUGUAAAGUGUUUUGUAUGUGUGUGUGUGUGUGUGUGUGUGUGUGUGUGUGUGUGUGAGCGCCUCAUCAAUACUGUUUAAACAAAUGAUAUAACAACAUUUAAAUAUCUGUAAUGCAAUGUUUAGUUUAUUCAGUAUAUUACUCCUGCAGUCUGUCCCAGUGUGGUAGUUUAGUUACAGUACAGUUCUGUUUAUACUCUUCUCUACCUGGUAAUAUUUUGGUAAUACUCUGACUGUAUUAGUUCUGUGAGAUAGUGAGGUGUUUGCUAUAAAUUGUAUGAUGUGUCUGAUUGUGUAAAUGUGUAUAAAAAAAAAAAAAGUACCAGGCAUCGUGCUAACGCUGCAGUUAUGUGCCUGUUGGAUCUCCUCAUUACCUACAUCUGUUCUCAUCUCAUCCCGCUGACUGACGCCAGCUCGUCAGCAGGUUUCAUGAGGCUUCACGUCUCCUCUGAAGUCACGGACAGAUUGUAUUCUGAAUGUAUUUAUCAGUGGCAACACGUGCAAUAGAAGCAGUGAGCGUUUAUUUCACAGGGAGGCUUUUCUAGCGUGUUAUCUGUUUCCACGGUGAUGAAGGCACAUUGAUUUCUUUAUUUUUGUUGGCAUAGUUACAUUUUUCUGUAGAUGUUUCAUGGGUUUGUAAACUUGACAAAGAACGCUGAUAACAUGAUGUUGAUGAUGUUGAUAAGCAGGUGGGUCGUCUGCUCUCCGCCCCACAUCCUCCAUCUCUUCCCAUCAACUAUGUCAGCAACUAUAUUAUAAUAUAUUUUUCUGUGGUUUUAUUACAGGCUGCUGCUGUUGGGGUUUUAAAAUGUUGACCGUGACCAAUAACAAUAUGAAGGAUCAGAUAUUUCCAAUGCAAUAGAUUUUAGAUUUCAUUCAGACCUAAUCCAAAUGGAGGUCUAUGAAUGUACUGUAGGAAUAUACGUACUGUAAUUCUGCCAAAAGGUCAAAGACUCAAAGGUAAAAUUUAACACAUACUUUAAAUGAUGGAAAUUGGUUAAAUAAUUUAAAUUGAUUUAAAAAAUGAAAAGGUGAUAUAUGUUAAUUGCAAUGAGGUGAUUAAAAAAUUCAAACUCUUAAUGCCACUUUCUCAUCUUUAACCUGCUCUUUUCACUUUUCAGCUCAGAUCCGUAGCAGAUAUUCAAUCAUUUAUUUCACAUUUUUGUUGUUGCUUGUAUGAUAAUGAGAGAAGUUUGCCUAAAAUACAUGGCUGCUUUCGAUAUGUUACACAUGUGCAACAAGUGCUGAACUACUUUCGUCCAGGAAUUCAGGGACAGUCACUGACAUACGACGGACCAAAGACUGAAUGGAUCAUUCCCUUAUAAUCUGAACUCCUCCUUCUUUGUCGUUCUUUUUUAAUCCAAGUGGUAUGUAUCGUAUGUAAAAGAGCAUUAAUGCCACCCAGUUAUUAACCAAAGAGUGCCCACUCUCAUUUCUGCCAUCACACACACACACACCCUGACACAUCGUUCCCUGGACUCUCUGACCCCUUCUCUCUGUCAUAUGUGACCAGGAAAACUGAUAGCUGAGUGUUGUUCUGGUCAACAAGACCAACAUGCUCACAAUGUCAGCGCUGAUAGCAGGUAUAAUGUUUGAUGUUAGUGUGUUAUUAUGCUACAACUUACAAAUUAACACUAUACACGGAGCAGCUGAGCUUGAUGGGAAUGUGUUGCAGGUAUUUGGUCAGAAAUAGAACCUUAUGGUGACUUUGGAGUCAACAGGGUUCAAGCUCUGGGGACCGUGUCUAUACAACAUUUCACUGCAAUCCAUCCAAUGAGCGAGAUAUUUCAGACUGGAAUGACCAACAUUGCCCUCGUGACUGAGAAAAUAUGGAAAUUCAGAAAGUUUUUAAUGGGCCAAUAUGUUUUUAUUUUAGUUUUUAACCAAAGUACAGUACAUUAACAUUUAUAAUACAGAUAUUUAGAUGGGAAUCUGCAUUUUGUGUUUUUCACAUAAUCAUAAAUGUAAAUACAGGCUCGUUUGGCUCCUGUGUAUUUGUUCAAGUUGUGUCAGACUCCAUCAGGUGUAGUGAAACCUGAGGGUGAGGCUUGUUGGCAGUUAUUUAUUUGAUCAGUCGUUUAUUUAUUAUUUAAGUAAAUAAAAAGAGUGUUAAAAUUUUGCAAGAAAUGUAACUGAUUAAAAUCACUCUUAUGAUACAUAUAUGGUCAUUUAUAUGUUUGACUCAACAGGUAAAUCAUUAGUGACUGCACCUAUUUAAGUGCUGAAAAUAUGGUCAAGGACCACAAUAUAAAAUGAUAUAUAUUUCAGUGGAUGUAAUGUAGCUCUUUGACAUUAAUGGAUAUCUCUUUUCAUUUUAACUGUGCAUUGAUUUCUAAAAUUUUUCUGCAUUUUCCGUCACUGAAAACUUGUGAUGUGCUGGAUUAAUGAGGAGGCUGGUGUCUCAGUUUCCCUCCCGGAGACAUGAGACCGCUGAAUGUGUUUGUCCUUUUCUCUGUAUAAAAUUGUGAGUACAGGAUCAGUACUGUAUGAGGCAGAUAUUAUUUCUUUUGCCAGCGGAACGUUUUCAAAUGUUUAUUUUAAUAAACAAAAGUUUUAAAAAAUCAUUUACUGUACAGCAUCGUCAUUCUUUCCCAUAGCAGCAGGAUUGUCCUCUACAACUUCUGACAGGCAGCCACAAAGUUUGUGCACACAUUUAACAAAAAAAAAAAAA